AUGCCGGGCGUGGUGCACCUGCGCCGGCGGAAUCCUGCCCGCCACAGUCUGCGUUUGACCGUGGGCGUGGCCAAGCUUCUCGAUACCAAGUAUCAUCUCGGCAGACAUCGGGACUGGGGCCACUGCAUCCCAUGGCUACCGAAAGUGCGCAGCAUCUGCCCUUCAACGCUGCUGAAGGUCAUCAUUCUGGGCAGUGUGCGCACGGCCAUCAUGGUGGGAGAGGCUGCCACCUUGAAGGCGAUGACUGUUGUGCAGGUUGUUUUACAGCAGGCUGCUGACGACUAUGGUGAACGAGUCAACCCCGAGACCACCUUCAGAUGA